UUCUAAGUAAAACUUAUAUAUAUAUCCAAGUCAAUUUAUUUAGACCAAUCAGAUUAUUUCAAUUUUAUUUGAAUAUAAAUAUAAUAAAAGGCACAUCUUAACUGUAUUAAAAAAACAAAAUAAAACAACAACACGUUUUGAUAGACUGUUCCUGACACAUUAUACAUUAUAAUGGAUAUUAUUAUUAACUUAAUAUUAUGGAAUCAUUAUACAAAAUGGUCUAAUUCAAUUUAUAAAUUAUUAAAUAAUUAUCCUCAUUAUUACAUAAAUGACUUAAUUUAAACAAGAAAAAAAAAUAACAUUCAUUGAAUAUGAUUGCUAUGUUUAACAAAUGAUUAAUUGAAAUUAUUAAACAACAUGUAAUAUAAUAAAGAAAGAUGGUUUUACCACAACAACAACAAAAUGGAGGAUGGAAACAAAAAAAGGAUAAAAUUUAAUUAGAUUAAUCAUUAUUCUGACUGUUUUAUUUUGUUGUGUAUUUUUGUUGUUUUUCUUUACCGGUGAAAUGUGGAUAUUUAUUGAUAAACUAUUCAUAUGGUUUCUUUUGAAAAUAGUCAUAAUUAUGGAUGUAUUACCUUUAAUGGUUCAUAGUUAUUCUAAUCAUUUAUGUAAAAUAAAACAAUUUCAAAUACCAGUGAAUAAAGAUUCAUCAAGUGUAUUAAAUCUUAAUGGACAAAAUCAUGCUACAUUUCAUUUUAACACAGCUGGAAUAGAAGAAAAAAUAUUUUUCGAGUUCCGAACACGUAAAGAAAAUCAAAUAAUUUUUAGCUAUGAAUUAACCAGUAUACUGACGCAACAUACAAAGAUGAAAGUUGAUUCUUAUCUUCUUGGUUACUUAUUAAACGGAGCAUUGGUUGUAAAUCUGUUUAACCAUUUUUCAGAAAAACGUUCUUAUUUAAACCAUGCAAACGCUCAAAAGAUCAUUUCCUGUAUAUCUGAUUAUGACACCUGCGCUGACACACAAUGGCACCAAAUUCUAUUGACAAUAAAAAAGAAUGAUAUAUUACUUGUACUUGACAGUCAACCUCAAGUCAAAUUAAAUCCACUUGGUCAAGACGGAUUAAUUACUAUAAGAGUUAUGCACUUGGGAGGAAGUUUUUUGAAUACUUCAAAAGAAACGUUUACACGAUUUAUUCCAAGUAUUGGAAACCUAACAAAUUUUAGAGGUUGCUUUCAAUCGAUUAUUUAUAAAAGUGGAGAAAUAUUUAUUCCACUAUUAAUUACAAAAAACACAAAAUAUAUUCAAUCUCAAUUACCAGUUCAAUCAAAUUUACGUAAUUGUGAUUACAAACUAUUACAACCAAAAUUAAAUAUAGAUAAUUCAAAACGAAACAGUUUUGUAUCAUUUACUAAACCAGGUAGUUAUUUAAGAAUAACAGGUUGGAAAGUUGUUCUUCAUGGUGAAAUAACAUUUAUUUUACGUACAACUACUCUUAAUGGAUUAAUUAUUUAUAGUAAUUCUAUAAAUGAACAUGAAUUAUUUCCAAGAGAUAUUAAUGAACCAAAUUUAUUAGAGAAUAUACAUGAAGUAAAACAAACUGGUUUCGAUAUAUUUGCUUUAGAGUUACGUUUAGGAAGAUUACAUUUUUUAUUAAAUACUGGAUCAGGUAUUGUUCAACCAGAAUUUGAUAGAAAAUAUUUUGAAUCAGAAAGUAAAGGUUUUAUUUCCGAUGGAAAAGAACAUUCUAUUCAAAUUGUAUUUGAUGAAGGAGAUUUAACAAUAAAUGUUGAUGGUGAAAACUUUGUAACACAUGGUACAGGAAUUAAAACAUAUAAAUACUUAAAUUUGAAUGAAUACUUUUAUAUUGGAGGUCUUCCUGAGUCAGUGCGUCAAAUUAACUCAUUUAUAUCACCUGAAGUAUGGUCAGCGCAAUUAAGACAAGAUUUUGUUGGAUGUUUAGGUGAAUUCAUUGUAAAUAAGCGCUUAUGGGAUAUCGAGUUAGAAAGACGACCAUGUUGGUCUAAGCCUUUUGUGGAAUAUGGAUGUAAAUUGUCUCCUUCAAUAGAUUUUUGUACAGAUAAACCAUGUAGGAAUAAAGGUCAAUGCAUCUCUAGUUGGAAUAUUUAUGAAUGUGACUGCAGUAAUACUAAUUUUAGUGGAAAAACAUGUACAGAAAAUCCUAUUAUUGUUAGCUUCGAUGGAUUUCAAUGGUUAUGGAUAAAAUUUAGCCCAUUACCUGUACAGUCAUCCGUUGAAGAGUUGAUUUUGAGAUUUAGAACCAAAUAUGAAGACGGAUUUCUACUAACUACAAGAAGUUCUAUUUUAUCAGCACCAGAUUGUUUAGAAUUGAAAAUUAUUUCUGGUUAUUUAUCGUUAAUAUAUAAUUUAGGUGCAGUAGACAAUAUUUACCAUAACCCGGUGUAUAUAGCUGACGAUCAAUGGCACACUGUAAAAAUUUAUAGAAGACAAAAUGUUCUCAACUUCUCGGUUGAUAAUCUGUUUCAAACUUUUGACAUUCCAAAAGAUGGUCGUUAUCUCUCACAUCGUCAUUUAAUCCUUGGCAAUUCUGAAGAUUCUCUAACAAACCAGUUGAUUGACACACCAACACAAUUCAAUCACAACAUCAAACAGAUAAACAAUUUGAAUGUUCAUGUUUUUAUUGGUUACAUAAUGGUUUUUCUAUUUAAUGGAGUUGAUUAUUUACGAACUGCUCAAAAUUUAAAACAUGAUCCAAGUUUAUACAUUUGGAAAGAUAAACUAGAUAUUACAGCUACUCAAAGUAAUUAUGAACCAAAUCAUGAGUUACCAUUAACAUUUAACAAUAAAGAUUCUAACAUUGAAAUUCAACUUGAACAUUCUACAAGUGAAUUUAUCCUGGGAAUGUGGAUAAAAUGGAAGAAAUAUGGUACAGUUCUCUUUCUUCAAGAUGGCUUCCGUCAGAAUUUAAUUCUAGAAUCAAUUGAUGGUAGACUACAAUUAAUACACAUGAAUAAUGAUCAAGUAGAGAAAUAUUUCAUUGGUGAAAAUCAAAGAGUGAUUGUAAGAGAAUGGUAUCAUAUCGAAGUCAUCAAACAAGAAUCAACUAAAUUAAUACUUAUUCGGGUCAAUAAUCAAUCGACAAUUGUCAAGAUGAAUAUUUCAAAUUAUUUUGCUUUGAAAACAAUAAAUAUUGGAAGUUUAUCUACAAGAAAUUCAAACUACGAUACAUAUGGUAACUACAUGCAAAGAACAACAGGAUUUCAAGGUUGUGUAGCAUCUUUUUCAUUCAAUCAUUCCAUUGAUUAUGAUCAGUCAUCAUUAAAUGUAAAGUUGAAUAACACAAUACCAUCAAGGUACCAAGUGAACUAUCUAUAUUCAAAUGAUACGCAAAAAGUUAGUUUGCACAAUAUACAAAUGGGUUGCCACUUUUCAGACAGUAAACAUCUAGAUCUGAAUCAGUGUUCAAAGAAUCCAUGUCGCUUCAACGGAAUUUGCAUGCAACAAUGGAAUUCUAUAACAUGUGAUUGUAGUUUGACCGGUUUUACUGGAAAAUUCUGUGAUAAAGCCGGAACAUCAGUUCGCCUAUCAGAAUUCCCUAGAAGAUAUGCUGUUUUUGAACUGAAUUCACCUCAGAAUACUACAUUAGAUAAACUGGCGUUCGGAAUACAAGUAAUUAAUCCUGGUACAAUGUCUUUAAUACACAUCCAAGGUCAAGGUCAAUCCCCAGACUUCAUACAGUUAUCUGUAUUACACAAUAAGGAUCAACUUAAUCUUCAUGUACGAUUUAAUAUGGGUGGAGGAACUCAAACAUUAUUUCAACCGAAUGUAAAUUUUGAUGAUGGACAUUUUCAUAUAGUUCAAUUUAUACGACAAGAAGCCAAAAGUAUAUUGUUAAUUGAUUUUCAACAUGAAAUCACAAAACCAACAGAAGAUCAAAACAACAAACAUUUUAACUUGUUAAAACGAAUAUACUUUGGUGAAGCACCAAAACUGAAAGAAAAAAUGUCAGUAAAUAACAAUAGUGAAUUGACAUCGGGAAAAGGAUUUGAAGGAUUUAUUACCGGUUUGAAUUUAAACAAUAUCAACUUGAUAGAUCUCUUAUAUGGAAAUAUGGUUCCUGGAAUAUAUUUAAAAACUCGAGAGAAUAUUGAACUUGAUCCAAAUUUUAAACCAAAUAUGAAGAAAUUACAUGCUCAUAGUAAAAGAACUGAACCAGAAACUAGAAAUCAAAAUGAAGCAAAUGAUAUGCAACUUACAGCGACGGAUUUUCAUGACAGAAUUCACGACUACAAAACGCAACCGAUUGUUGUGCCGAAAACAGAAUGCUUAAAAUAUGACAGUAGCUAUAACUAUAAAGAAUGUCAACCAGCUGAUUUAGAUGGUAUCAUCCAACCAUUAAUUACAUUCAGUGAUAAUCCUCUAAAUAUGCGAGCUGUCGAUAAAAAUGAACUUCAACAAGGCUGGAAUGCUGAUCAAAGUAAUAAUAAUAAUAAUAGGCAGUCCUCUACAAGUGAUAGCCAUUUUCUUCAAGGUUAUUCCAAACUAGAUCAAUCAACUGUACAUCUAAAUGAAAUGGAACCACUUAUAACCAAUUGGUAUAAUUUCAGUAACAAAAUAUCACAAAAACAUAAAGAAUUAACACCAGCAUUAGAUAAAAUAUCAUAUGGGAAAAAUAAUCCUACAUUUGAUAACAGUUUGUAUAAAAAAUCAAAAAAUCUUUUCGGUUCAUUUGUUGAACGAAACAAAAAAUUCCCAUUUAAUAUUGUACUGAUCAUUGCUGUUUCUGUCAGUGGUAUAUGUGUAUUAAUUAUUUUAACAUGUGUUAUAUAUCGAUGUAUGCGACGUGAUGAAGGCACAUACAAUGUUGAAGAGAGUACAGCAUAUACUGGUGAAACAGUACAAACUAACAGUAUCAUUGGUGGUAGAAAACAUAUUAUAAGUGAUUCAUCCAUUCCACUGAUAAGUUUACAACCGGAAUUAAUCAAAUCUAUUACAUUGUUUAAAACUAAUUCUGAAACUACUGAUGUAGACGACAGAUCUCUAAUCAAACUCAAUUUGGAUAAUAUUAUAAACGAAUCUAGUUUAACAAAUGAUAAAGUCUCUGAAAAUAAUCCAGAUGUCAUUGUUAUUGAUAAAACUAUCAGUAACAUUAACCCCAUUAUUAACAAUGAUGACUGCAACAAUAUUCAAAACACCUAUUUUAUCGAAGAUAAUAACAAUAAACAGGUUAGAAAAACUUAUUUUAAAGUGGAGAAAAAAAAGUCGACAAUAAAUCCUAAAGAAUGGUACGUUUGAAACUGUGAUUUUUUUAAAACUUUAACUGUAAUUGGGCUGUUAUUUUUAUCCGAUGUGUCCUGUUUACCGAUUCUAGCUAACCACUUCAAUCAAUUAACUUCUUUCAAGCAGAAUUAAUAAUGUAUCAUCAUCUCUACUAUUGUCUGCUAUGUAUAUUUUUUUGUUAAAACAAAAGUCCUACAUUCUAACUGUUACUAUUGUUAGGGUAUUACUAUUAGUGUAGAUAGUUAUGUAAAUCAAUAUUUAGUUAGAUAAAACAUAUUUCAUGACUUGAGUAUAAAAGAAACAUUAUUUUUCACUACUGUUUUCCAACAUUUCAAUAUGACUUUAAGUUUGUUUUUUUAUAUAUCUAAAUGUACAGGCAAAAGGCGAAUGUGUGAUUGCUACAGCUUUUCUGUAUUGUUGUGAAUUAUAAAAUUUACUUUCUUUUCUUGUAGAUAAAUAUAAAAGAAACUAAACAAUAGAAAUAUCAUUCUACCAUUUAUUCUUCCAUAGGAUUUUUGGGUUUAUGCCUUUUAUAAAUGACUAUUUGAUUGUUAAUUCUUAGUUAUUUCAUAUAUAUAUAAGAUGGAGAACAAAAUGUUGUAGAUUAUUGAUUGUUCAAUUGUUCUUUAUUUAAAUAAUAUACAUUCAAUAAUAUAAGAAUCCUUUUUUCUACUAUACGUCAUGUUUUACAGACAAAUUUAUAAAGAUCUUUAUUAUUUCAGAUUUUAUUUUCAACCCUUUAUUGUCUUCGUGUCAAUUAAGAAUUAUGAAAUCAUUGUAUAACUGUGUUUGUGAUGAUUUAUUCACUAUUAAAUUUGUAAAUAAAUAUAAGAUCUUAUAUGUAAUUGAUAUUGAUUGUUUUGUUUAUUAAUUAAAUAUCAAGAGAAUACAAUGGCA